AUGAUGGACGCUAUGAUGUCAACACCAUUAAGUGAGGCGGACCCUGAGAUUUACAGACUGAUUGCCUCAGAGAGGACUAGGCAGCAUUGCGGCCUCAGCUUGGUGGCCUCAGAAAAUCUGACCUCAGCAUCCGUGCUGAAGACACUCAGCUCGUGUCUUACCAACAAGUACUGCGAGGGUCUGCCAAAUCCUAGAGAUCAUGGCAGCAACAGAUACUUGGAUCGCAUUGAGCACCUAUGUCAAGAAAGGGCGUUACAAGCCUUCAAUCUUCCCCCGACAGAGUGGGGAGUGAACGUCCAACCUUACUCUGGUACUCCAGCCAACAAUGUGGUGUACAUGGCAUUGCUUAGACCCCAUGAUAGAAUUAUGUAUCUAGAUCUUCUAGACGGUGGACAUGUAAGUCAUGGCAACAUGACCUUAGAGGAAAGGCUAUCUCGUGCCUCUGUGUUCUAUGAGACCAUGCCUUAUAAGGUGAACCCCAGGACUGGGCUGAUAGACUACGACAAGUUUGCUAGAACUGCACGUCUGUUCAAACCAAAACUGAUUAUUGCAGGGUCAGCUUCCUACUCACGCUACCUCAACUACAAGAAGUUUCGGCGGAUCUCAGACGAGGUAGGAGCCUUCCUGCUGGCAGACGCCGGGCAGAUAGCAGGGUUGGUUCAGGCAGAAGUUAUAUAUUCACCAUUCCAUCACUGCGACAUCGUCAGUAUUGCUACACACCAUACUCUCCGUGGACCACGGGCAGGAAUCGUAUUCUAUAGGAAAGGCGUAAGGUCAGUCUCCCAAGAUGGCAACACUGUUAUGUACGACCUGCCUCAAAGGCUAGGACAGGGUGUGUUUCCAGGACUAGAUCAAAGUCACAAUCCCACUAUAUCCCGCGUAAGGUCAGCCUCCCAAGAUGGCAACACUGUUAUGUACGACCUGCCUCAAAGUCUAGGCCAGGGCGUAAGGUCAGUCUCCCAAGAUGGCAACACUGUUAUGUACGACCUGCCUCAAAGUCUUGGCCAGGGCGUAAGGUCAGUCUCCCAAGAUGGCAACACUGUUAUGUACGACCUGCCUCAAAGGCUAGGACAGGGUGUGUUUCCAGGACUAGAUCAAAGUCACAAUCCCACUAUAUCCCGUGUGUUUCAGGCGUAA